AUGAGUCUGUACGACGUACUCAAGAUACCGAAGGAUGCAACAAAGGAGAGUGUGGAAAAGUCCUACAGAUCUCUUGUAAGGUUGCAUUGCCAAAGUAGGGGCGAGAUGAGUCCAGACAAGUUUGCCGAGAUCAACAAGGCAUACACAAUACUGAAGGACAGAUACAAGAGAGACUUUUAUGAUGUAUUUGGAGAAGUGUCUGUGCAACUCCUCCUUCACAACAAAGACUCAUACAUCAUAACAAGGAUGUUUGACAGACUCAACAUAUGUUUCUAUCUUGCCACAUUUAUGAUAUAUCUGGGGGCUCUAUUGGCACUGCCCUCUGUAGUUGCAUAUGGAAAGUGUAGCCAUAUGGCCAUGGUUCUUCCGUUUGGAGUGUCUGCCGCGACCUUGGCAAUUCCAAUGGUCAGAUCCCUGUCUUCGCUGUAUUGGGUUUAUGGUAUCGGAACGGAGCUGAGGAGUAUGAUAUUUAGGUCUAUGGAAAUCAUCAUAGCAACACUCCAUGUAUUCAACUAUGCAUCAUACACCGAUGGAUUCAUAAACGGCACGUCUUCCGGUGCCAUGUUUGUGGGAAUAGAGGGCUUAUCGACAGUAAAUGCCAUAUACUACCAGUAUGGCCAGCAACAAAAGCUUUUUCUCCAAAGCAAAAAGGGCAUAAUAGUAGGGAAAAUGAUUAGGGCUAUGAUAUUUGUUCUAUUGAUCAUCCCAGCAAUUCCCUCCUUUUUGAAGCCGUUCCUGUUCUUGGCACAGAUUCUUUGGGGAAUAUGCAACAGAAAAUAUUCCAUUGGGCUCAAUGCAUGCAUAUUACUUUUGCCCUUGUUGUACAUAACCACAUUCUCCCUUGUACUGGCCGGAUUUUCUAAUGUCUCAGUAUACAUUCCUCUGUGGAUAUUUACAUCGAUAGUUAUGGUGGUUGUGGGGCUGGUGGCCUCGAACAUUGUGAACAACAUUCCCAAAAGCAAGUACGAUGUAAGAGAAAUAGAGGCACUUCCGUGUUACAGUGUGUAG